AUGGAUAGAAUAGUGGCAACGAAUGUAGCAGGUCCAUUGUUGUUGCUGAAUUUUCUGAUGUAUUUCAUUCUGUUGGUGUUUGCAAGUUGGUGCAUGAAUAGGUACAUCGAUGGCCGCACUGCAGAAGCAAGAACAAGUAUAGGAGGGAAUGGAGCAACGAGACACUUCCUUACAUUCUCGGUGCUAGCAGCAGUCCUUGGAAUAGUAUCCAAACUAGUCGGCGGCAACCACCUCAGAACGUGGCGGAACGACAACUUCGCCACCUCCUCCACCACUUCCACCGGCGCCUGGGCUGUCACCGCUCUUGCUUUCGGAUUAGCGUGCAAGGAGAUAAACGUGGGAGGCUGGCGAGGAUGGCGAUUGAGGGUGGUGGAGGCCUUGGUUAUAAUCCUCGCUUUCACGCAGUUCAUCUACGUGCUUUUACUGCACUCUGCCUUCUACCGCAGCGUCCACGACGACGACAUAGGUUACGGUGGCGGUGUCCCGGGAACUGGCUUUGGAGGCGACAUCCCUCAAGCUCAGCCCGCGCCCAAAGGCGGAGUCCCCGGAGCAAUGGUUUGA